AUGAAUUUUUUUAACUUAUUUUCAAACAUUUGUACACCAAUGAAAUUCGUAUUUUUUGUUGUAUUUCUUUUAACAACAAAUGGAUAUCAUUGUGAUUGUACACCAACUGGCAUUAACGUUGACAACGAAUUUAUUCCUUCAAAUUGUUCAGUAACAACAAAUUCUGUUUGCUUUUCUUCGGAUUUAGAAUUCUCGUCUGUGUUGUUAAAAAUUAAUACAAUUGUUGUUACUAACAACACAAAAUUUUAUUCUGAUUUUGAUAAAAACUGGCAGAACACUCAAACUCUUCAAAUUGCAAAGGAUAUGAAAUUGCUCUGUGUAAUUAAUUUAAAAAUAAUUGAAACACCGAUCAUUAAACCAAAUGCCACAAUUAAUCUUAUUAACUAUACAAGUGUGUUCGGGAGAAUGUCAAUUGCUGGAAACCUUACUUUGAUCGAUCCGGAAUUAAACAACCCAAGAAUUAUCAUAUGGAAUUCAACGUAUCUUCAACUCACUUUUAACUACUCUGACAAACCUGAUUUUGAUAUUGUGAAUCCAACGGGUGACACAAAGUGUUUUGAUGUCAUUUCACUGAAUGAAAAUUACAAUUUAGAUACAUCAACCAAUCAAGACCAUAUCACAUCGGACAUAUUUGAAUAUUCAUACAACUUUAAAACGGGUAAAGGGUACCUCAUGUCAAACAAGAAGUUAAUAAGAUUUUGCCCAAACAAUACACCUCUUGACAAAGAAGUUGUUUGUAUUUUGAAACAAAAUAAUUAUACUACAUAUACAUCAACAAUGGAAGGCGCGUUUGACUAUCCACACUGUCCAUGUAAUGAAGAUCUUAAUGUGAAUUGUAAUCUUAAAUUUGCAAGUGGAUUAACUUGGGUUGACAUGUCUGAUUAUUAUUAUUAUUUCUAUAACACUGAAUUGUUGAUUGAAAAAGAUAUAUUUUUAAAAAUACAAACUAUGGAUUAUUUUAAACAAUCACUGUUUAUGAUUAUGUAA